AUGGCCACUGCGUCGCCCGUUGUCACGCCGUCCUCUCCGGCGGCACCGCCCGCACAGCCCAACACGAUGCCGACUGCAGAGGGCCCGGUGGUGGCGGGCGCGUCGGCGCACCAAGCGGCAGACCACACAGCAGCGAACGCCACCGUUGGCGGCGCAGCAGCGGCGGCGAGCUUCGUCUCUCCGUCUCUGUACGUGGGCGACCUGCACCAGGACGUGACUGAGGCAAUGCUCUUCGAGGUAUUCAACUCAGUGGGCCCGGUGACCAGCAUUCGCGUGUGCCGCGACACGGUCACCCGGCGCAGCUUGGGGUACGCGUAUGUGAACUACCAGAGCAUCCAGGACGCGGAGCGGUCGCUGGACACGCUGAACUAUACUGUGAUCAAGGGGCAGCCCUGCCGCAUCAUGUGGUGUCACCGCGACCCGUCGCUGCGGAAGAGCGGGAACGGCAACAUCUUUGUCAAGAACCUGGACAAGAACAUCGACAACAAGGCGCUCUACGACACGUUCAGCCUCUUUGGGAACAUUUUGUCUUGCAAGGUCGCCGUCGACGAGAGCGGCCAGAGCAAGGGAUACGGCUUUGUCCACUACGAGAACGAGGAGAGCGCACGCUCAGCCAUCGAGAAGGUGAACGGCAUGUUGAUUGGCGGCAAGACGGUCUACGUCGGCCCCUUCAUCCGCAGGGCGGAACGCGACAACCUCGCGGAGACAAAGUACACGAAUGUGUAUAUCAAAAACAUGCCCGCAGUCUGGGAAGAUGAGGCGCGUCUGCGCGAGAUCCUGGCCAAAUACGGCUCCAUCACGUCCUUGGUCGUCCGCAAGGACGCCAAGGGCCGACUCUUCGCCUUCUGCAACUACGCAGACCACGCCACGGCGAAGGCCGCUGUCGAGGCGCUGAACGGCAAGCGCGUGACUGACGCCGGCGUGUUCAAGGAGGGCGCAGAGACCGAGGAAGAGGAGAAGGACGAGGAGGGGAACAAGCGCACGCGCGAGGGCGAGCAGAUCUUGUUCGUUGGGCCCCACCAGAGCAAGGCUCAUCGCUCGGCCAUGCUGCGCGCCAAGUUCGAGCAGAUGAACCACGACCGUAACGAGCGGUUCCAGGGCGUGAACCUGUACAUCAAGAACAUGGACGACAGCAUCGACGACGAGAAGCUGCGCCAGCUCUUCGAGCCCUUCGGCUCCAUCACCAGCGCCAAGGUUAUGCGCGACGAGCGCGGCGUCUCCCGCUGCUUCGGCUUCGUCUGCUUCAUGUCCCCGGAGGAGGCGACCAAGGCCGUCACAGAAAUGCACCUGAAACUGGUCAAGGGCAAGCCCCUCUACGUCGGGCUGGCGGAGCGCCGCGAGCAGCGAUUGAUGCGUCUGCAGCAGCGCUUCCGCGGGUCGGCUCUGCGCCCCGCUGCAGCCCUUCCGGGCAACGUCGCGGCCGCGGCGGCAGCUGCGCAGCUCCAGUACGGCGGCGCGCCGCAGCUCCAAGGCUUCGCAGGAGGCCCCGGCGCGAUGUAUGCGCCGCGUCCCUUGAUGGGAUUCUCUCCUCACCCGCACCAGGUCACCGCGGCCAUGCUGCCGUGGAGACAGCAGCAGGCGGCCGCCGCGGGUGCGCAGUUCGCCCAGGGCGUGCCGAUGCGCCCGCAGGUCGGCACUCUGCAGCACCUCUACGGCCAGACGAACGCGGCAGCAGUCGCCGCUGGCAUGCACGCUGCGGCGGGCGGUCCGCCGAUGCAGAUGCUCCAGCAGCAGCAGCGGGGAGGCCACCGCGGCAUGGGUCGCCAGGGGGGAGCCCCCGUUCUGAAUGGGAACAAGCCGCACAUGAUGGGUCCGAAGCCCGGCGCGGGCCAGCAGCAGCAGCCUCAGGGCGGCAGCUUCAAGUUCACGCCGCAGGUGAGGAACCAGAGACUCGACCAGCAGAUGCAGCAUCCGCCGCCGGCCGCAGCCGCUGCGCCGCAUAACCAUCAUGCGGUCAUGAUGGAGCAAUCUCAGCAGCUCCUCAUGAACCCCGACGCGCCGCUGACCGCUGCAGCUCUUGCAGCCGCGCAGCCGUCGAUGCAGAAGCAGAUGCUCGGAGAGAAGCUGUUCCCUCUGAUUGCCCGCUACCAGCCGGAGUUGGCUGGGAAGAUCACCGGUAUGAUGCUCGAGAUGGACAACGCCGAGCUUCUCAUUCUCCUGGAGAGCGAGGCGCAGCUCAAGGCCAAGGUCGACGAAGCCCUGAGAGUGCUCCAGCAGGCCAGCUGA